AUGGAACACUUAAAUAGAGGUGGUUUUGAUUUCGAAUUAUCACACAGAAACAAUGUUUUAGAUAAAACUGGAAUGAAAAUGAAAGGUUUUAAAAAAACAGGUACUACAAUUGUUGGUGUAGUAUACGAAGGUGGUGUAGUAUUAGGUGCAGAUACUCGUGCUACUGAAGGUCCAAUUGUUGCAGAUAAAAAUUGUGAAAAGAUUCAUUAUAUCGCUGAUAAUAUUUUUUGUUGUGGUGCUGGUACAGCUGCAGAUACUGAAAAUGCCACUGCACUCAUCAGCUCCAAAUUAAAAUUACAUAAAUUAUCAACUGGUAGACAAACACGUGUUACUACAGCUCUUACCAUGUUAAAACAAAUGUUAUUCAAAUAUCAAGGUCACGUCAGUGCAGCUUUAAUUUUAGGUGGUAUCGAUAUCAAUGGUCCAUCAUUACACACUAUUUAUCCACACGGUAGUACAGAUCAAUUACCAUAUGUUACUAUGGGUUCUGGUUCUUUAGCUGCUAUGGCUGUUUUUGAAGCAAAAUAUAAAUCAAAUAUGAAUAAACAAGAAGCUAUUGAUUUAGUUGCUGAAGCUAUUAGUAGUGGUAUUUUUAAUGAUUUAGGUUCAGGUAGUAAUUGUGAUGUUACUGUCAUUGAAAACUCUGGUGUCACUGUAUUAAGAAACUACCAAACUCCAAAUGAACGUAAAUUUAGAAAUAACUUGGCAUAUGUUUUCCCAGCAAACACUACUCCAGUCUCUUCUAUUAAACAAGGUCCAUUAGCCACAACUCAUAAAUAUACUCUUAAAGAUGUUUUGGUUGAAGAAGAAGAAAAAAUGAAUUAAAAAACAAACAAACAAACUUUCAUCAAUCAAUCAAUCAAUAAUCAACAUUAAAGGGAAAUAAAUAAAUUUUUGUAAAUUUUUUUAAAUU